GGGGCGCACUUGCUGUGAUGACCACUGGGGGUUGUAUGGAAGUGUUGAAUCACUACAGUGUACGCCUGAAACUAAUAUUACACUGUAUGCUAACUGGAAUUUAAAUAAAAUAUUAAAAAAAACCCAUGAAUCAAUUUAGAGCUCAAUGGUCUCCUCAGCACUAGAAGAACUGGACGCUACCAAUUAGUAACGAGCAAGCUUGGGGGUCUUGUAAAACUAUUUGGUAGGUCUUAUUUUAAGAAGAUGACUGAAAUCAGGAGUUUGUCAAACUUUAAAAAAUCAUGGGUCAUUUAUAUAAAGAAUCAUUUUUGGCAUCUGUUAUAAAGACAUAGGUUUUAAGUGGCAAAUAGGGAAGAUAUAAUUUACACAGCGUGAAAAUUCUCAUUAAGGUGACAACAAUAAGAAGAAAAUAGCUAUUAGGGUCAAAAGGAUAGGAAUUUCAGGCAUUUUUUGGGAAUAUAAUAACAUUUAUUGCUGCUCUUUUUUAAGGUUAAAGAAAACCAAAAUAUUUCCCACUUAUUAAAUAACAGCAUCUUAUUUUACCAUUAUAGAUGGACUAUGAUUCUGGGCCAGAUGAAGAAAAGGGAAACUGUGUAUCCUCAUACAAACUUAAAAUAUAAAAACAACAACAACAACUUAGAUAACCCCCUAAAAACCCUGUAAAACCUUUCAACUCCAGCUUUAGAACACCUGCUGAAUUCAAACCAACAUUUUCUGUGAAACCAUUUUUAAAGUCCUGCUUUAAAACGUGACUGAUACACGUCCAGAGCUUAUCAAGACAUCUUGGCCAGAGUUCACAGGUUUACUGCCAGCAGCCAGUUCUCUCUGUUCUGGGGUGAGGAUGGCUAGCUAGUGCUGUCACCGCCAUGCAAUGACACAUCCGUUAACUGGCCAAAGGCGCGAGGCUCUGCAAAGGAGGGCACACCAACCACACGCAAAGGACAGAAAACCCUAAGCCUGCUCAUUUUGAUUUGAAAGGACAAACCGCUUAUCACUCAAGUGAAGAUUAGAUGUGACAGUGUUGCUGGCUCCGUCCCUCCCGUGGAGCGUAAAUAUUCAUUUCUCUAGCUGGCCUAUUGGAACACAUAGCUCAGGGAGCCAACACUUACUUUGCCCUGCCACCUGCAAAAACACCAGUGACUUAAUGUCCUUGGCACCUUGGACAUUAGCAUCAGCUCUCGGUCUCUGAAGAAAUGUUUGUGUUUGUGAGUUAUGCAUUUUAUGGGGCAGAAUGCCCUCGCUGAAUCUCUUCCUGCUUUUGUCUCAUCUGGUCCUCUGCCCUGUUAUAAAAGCUGACGGUGCCUUCUCCGUCUCUAGCUCCUGCAGAGGUAUAUUGAUUGAAUUUUUAAGAUGAUGUAUAAUUGCCCUUUAUCCAGAUAGUGAACGGUAAAUGUGGGUAACACUCUAAAAACCUGAUCCCCCUCUUGCCAGUUAAGCUAUGGGUUUGUGACCUCUGAAUGUUCUCAGCAAUGUUCACAAGACCGGCUUACCGUGAGUUUCCUGGAUGAAAGGGCACUUAUUGGGGUGCAUUGGGGCGGUGGUUCAUUCAUAUAGUUUAGAGUUAUUAUAAUAUUAUGAACUUGCUGGAUAUUUUGGUGCUCUCAUUUUGGUUUCUCUACGGUGCUUAGAUUUCUUUAAUGGAAUAGAACUUUUUAAUGUUGCUGCGAUGCUUGUGGUUUCCUAGGGUUGCCACUGAGCUUUACCACAUUUCACCCUGCUUGGAGUACAUCCCCUCAGGCUUUUGUGUAAUCAGAAUUUGACUUGGGCAAGAUAUCACAGAGAACAUCCAAGUGUUUAACUGUUUAAAAUAGUGAUAAUACAAGAAACGAGAUUCCCCAGUCUCUGAAGCCAACAGCGUCUUCCCUGCUCUCACGUUAAAAAAUGGCAUGGCCUUGAGAUGAGGCCCAUAUUGGCCGUGGUGCUGAGAAUCAGUUCCAUUAGCAGCAGGGGCAAGGAACACAAUGUCAUGUUGAUAGUAAUAUACUAUACUGCUGAUUUCAAAGUCACGGGAGAGUAUAUUGCUGUCUCCAGAAAUAUUUUAUCCUGUGCUACAGGCAAUUAUGUUCAUCACCAGUAACUUUGGGCUGCUAGCACGUUAUCUCAAUUGAUGGUGAGAAUAAAUUAGAUGGUAUCAUUUUUGUUUGAUGUAUCUGAAUUUUUAUUGUUCUUGUUUUGAGAAAUUGAAACCAAAUUAUUUGCUAAAUAUGUCUUAUGUUUAGGAGAGAAAAGUCUGUAGUGUUCUCAGAUUGGGUAAAUUAAUAUAGUGAUUACAUGUCAUUUAGGAUUUGGAUCCUUUUCUAAUAACAAUUCUGUGUCAAAUAGAUAUUAAAAUAUUCUGUAGUCAUUCUCUUUACCUUUAAGUAAAAUUACGUGGAAGAUAGAUGAUUGAUAGAUGCACAUAUACACAUACGUACAUAUAUAAGUACAUACAUAUGUAUGUAUGCGUAUAUUUAGCUAUUUUCAUUCUUUAAAAUUUCCAGAAAAUGAAAUUGUAAAACUACCUUUUCUAAUAUGAUGUCAUUGUUCAUAAUUCUAGUUGCCAGUUUUUAUAAAUGUUUAACUUCUGUUCACUUCAACUUAGUUUUAUUUUUUAUUUUCCCUCAAAGAAUGACUCAGAAAUACCCACAGAAUGUGCCAUCUGUUUUCUUGAAAAUCUUUAACAAGCAUGUAGUGAUCAAUCCCAAGCCCCAUGUGGGGCUAUGAAAAUAAAUAAAGCAUGGUCCCCUCCUUCAGGGAGUUAGAGCCAGUGUGAACACAUAAGUACAUAAGUACAAGUCAUGGGACCUGUGGUCGGGAGAGCAUGGCAUGAGGACGUGAGCUUAGGAGCUCUUCAGGCUUGAGUUACGGUCACAACUCUGCCACAUACUAACCGUGUGAAGGUGCACAGGUCAGUUACUUCUCUGUUUCCAUCUACAGUGGAAAUAAUAGCAGUGUCUUACCCCAGGGGGCUUCCAGAAGGAUUAAUGAAAUGAUUUAUUCCAAGUGGUUAGCCAGUGCUGGCGCCCGAUAUGUACUUUCAGGAGACUCAUGGGAGACACAUUCUGUGCAGUGCUUGGGGAGAGGGGGAGGGGUUCAGAGCAGGCUUCACAGAAGAAGAAAUGCCUGUGUCCACUCUUGGUGGAAAGUAGAUGUUACUCAGGUGGAAGGGAAAGAAUAUUCCAGGCCAAGAGCAUUGCAUAAAUAAAGGAACAGAGAUCCAGAAUUUUCUCUUUUGAGGCUAAUUUCAUCAGAUCUAAAAUAAAAACUUUCCGUUAUUUUCAACACUAUACUUUGUAGUAUCCCUUUCAAAGUCAUCAAGACCUGGUUUCCAAGCUCCAGGUAUUUCAGGGUCCCAAGCAAACACACUUUUAUCCCUAAAACUUGGUCUAUUUUAGAAGUGUGAAUGGGGAUUCACUUUGAACUUCCCCCUAGUUGUACUUCCCAAUAAAAAUGACAGAUCUAGAUUGCUAAUAUCUUUGGAACCUAUUGUUCACUCUAAUCUCCAACUCCUUUUCUUCUGUAAUUGCCCAGGCAGUGCUCCCUUAUUUCUGUGGUUCUCCUUUGUUUCUCCCCAAGCCCCCACCCCUGCCCUCCACACACCCUUUUGAAUGAAUCACUCUGCAGUGUUGCCUAUUGAAUUUUGUCCUUUAACUUUUUCAUUUGUCAAGGCCACUUUCAAUUUUAUUCCACUUCUCCUAAGGGCCAGCCACCCCCACCCAAUUGGGUAUCAUUGUCAAAUUUAGUAAGAAUGCUUUUGAGCAUUAAUAAGCAUGUUAAAUCCAGCAGCAUUCGGCAAAGGAUCUGAUCUUGUGGAAUUUAAUUUGUUUGUGCUAAUUUAUUUGCAUAUGUGAUAAAAUUAUCCCAUCCAGACAGGAAAAAACUACUUAGGAAAACAUACCACGGAAAUACUGGGUAAAACAAGUGCUAAGUCACUAAAUUCAUGUCUGUGAUGCUUUUCACUCACUUCUAACAUGAGGGAAAAGGAAGGUGAUAAUUUUCUAUCCCAGAAGACAUGAAUAUGACUGAAUUAAUACCUGUUCAUUGUUAUAGUCUGUGUCCCCAGAAAUGCAUCAGUUUCUGUCCUUGAUGCUUAACAGGGGCGACACCAAACAAGUAAGUUACUUACUUCCCUGAGCUACGGUUUUCUCAUCAACAAAAUGGCGAUCCCUUACCUAUCAGAGUAAAAGGAUUAUUGGGAGAUCAAAUAAGAUAAGGCAUGGGAAAAUUCCAAAACUCCAUACCGCUCAAAUUUAGAACUUAUUAAACCUCCCUGGUGCUUAAUUCUAAACAAGAUCACACCCCUGUCUGUAGCCUCAGCCCCAGGCCAUCUCUCCAACCGGGAUAGGGGAUCACUGAGGUUGGCCAGUGGGUUCGAUUUAAGUGGAGAUUGGUUCUGGGGAAGCCAUAUAGAGGUUCUCUUGAAUCCUGUUAGGACUUGGUCCAGUUCUCUGUUCUAGGAAGACUGCAGGAUGCCAAAUGGAAAGUCGUUCAUCUUAAUGUCCAUGUAAUUUGGCUCAGCCAGGAGAAUGAAAAAUUCCCAUGUCAUACCAAGUGCUCACUCAGUGCUGUAAUUUGAUAGCCCAGUUCCAAACAAAGUGAGGAAACCACACCCAGAGUUGACUACAAAGAUGGACCAGGAUAGAAUAAGAACAGGAACAUGAAGAUAAGCUGGAGAAGGGGCCUGGCUUGUUUGGGGGCACAGCAGAACAUUAUGGAUGUUUUCACGGCAGUCUACCCUGGACCUUCUAGUUUUAGGACACCUCUCAUUGAACCUCACGUUCCUCUUCGUCCUGCUAACACCAUUACCAAGGUUCCUUCAGAGAAGAUCCUCAGGGCUGGAAAAAUUUUACGAAAUGCCAUUCUCUCUCGAGCACCUCACAUGAUACGAGAUAGAAAAUACCACCUAAAGACAUACAGGCAAUGCUGUGUGGGAACCGAGCUGGUGGACUGGAUGCUGCAGCAGACUCCCUGUGUCCACUCCCGAACUCAGGCUGUUGGCAUGUGGCAAGUGCUGGUAGAAGACGGCGUUCUCAACCACGUGGACCAGGAACACCAUUUCCAAGACAAAUAUUUAUUUUAUCGAUUUCUGGAUGAUGAGCACGAGGAUGCCCCUUUGCCUACUGAGGAGGAGAAGAAGGAGUGUGAUGAGGAGCUGCAGGACACCAUGCUGCUGCUGUCGCAGAUGGGCCCGGACGCCCACAUGAGGAUGACCCUCCGCAAACCACCUGGCCAGAGGACCGUGGAUGACCUAGAGAUUAUCUAUGAAGAGCUCAUUCACAUUAAGGCCUUAUCCCAUCUUUCUACAACAGUGAAACGAGAGUUAGCAGGUGUUCUCAUUUUUGAGUCUCAUGCCAAAGGAGGAACCGUGUUGUUUAACCAGGGGGAAGAAGGCACCUCCUGGUACAUUAUUCUAAAAGGAUCAGUGAAUGUAGUCAUUUAUGGCAAGGGUGUGGUCUGUACCCUGCAUGAGGGGGAUGACUUUGGCAAGUUAGCACUAGUGAACGAUGCCCCAAGAGCUGCUUCUAUCGUCUUGCGAGAAGAUAAUUGCCAUUUCUUAAGAGUGGACAAGGAGGAUUUCAACCGGAUCCUGAGGGACGUUGAGGCGAAUACAGUCAGACUUAAAGAACAUGACCAAGAUGUCUUGGUGCUGGAGAAGGUCCCAGCAGGGAACAGGGCUUCUAAUCAAGGAAACUCACAGCCUCAGCAAAAGUAUACUGUGAUGUCAGGAACACCUGAAAAAAUUUUAGAGCAUUUUCUAGAAACAAUACGCCUUGAGCCAGCUUUAAAUGAAGCAACAGAUUCCAUUUUAAAUGACUUUGUUAUGAUGCACUGUGUUUUCAUGCCAAAUACCCAGCUUUGCCCAGCCCUGGUGGCCCAUUACCACGCACAGCCUUCACAAGGCACGGAGCAGGAGAAAACAGACUACACCCUCAACAAUAAGAGGCGAGUCAUCCGCCUGGUGCUGCAGUGGGCCGCCGUGCAUGGGGACGUGCUACAAGAGGAUGAUGUGGCCGUGGCUUUCCUCGAGGAGUUUUAUGUGUCUGUAUCAGAUGAUGCCCGGAUGAUUGCUGCCCUCAAGGAGCAACUGCCUGAGUUAGAGAAGAUUGUCAAACAAAUUUCAGAAGAUGCAAAGGCUCCACAAAAGAAGCACAAAGUUCUUUUGCAACAGUUCAACACAGGCGAUGAGAGAGCCCAGAAGCGCCAGCCUGUCCGCGGCUCUGAUGAAGUUCUGUUUAAAGUCUAUUGCAUGGACCACACCUACACAACCAUUCGGGUGCCGGUGGCCGCCUCGGUGAAGGAAGUCAUCAGCGCAGUUGCUGACAAACUAGGCUCUGGGGAAGGCCUGAUCAUCGUCAAGAUGAGCUCUGGAGGAGAAAAGGUGGUGCUCAAACCUAAUGAUGUUUCAGUAUUUACGACGCUCACCAUUAAUGGACGCCUAUUUGCUUGCCCGCGAGAGCAAUUCGAUUCACUGACUCCCUUGCCAGAGCAGGAAGGCCCAACUGUUGGAACAAUGGGAACUUUUGAACUGAUGAGCUCCAAAGAUUUAGCAUACCAGAUGACAAUUUAUGAUUGGGAACUCUUCAACUGUGUGCAUGAGCUGGAGCUAAUCUAUCACACAUUUGGAAGGCAUAAUUUUAAAAAGACCACAGCAAACUUGGAUUUGUUCCUGAGGAGAUUUAAUGAAAUUCAGUUUUGGGUUGUCACUGAGAUUUGCCUUUGUUCUCAGCCCAGCAAGCGUGUUCAGCUCUUAAAAAAAUUUAUUAAGAUAGCAGCCCACUGUAAGGAGUACAAAAAUCUGAAUUCCUUUUUUGCCAUCGUCAUGGGGCUAAGUAAUGUUGCUGUAAGCCGCUUGGCACUCACGUGGGAGAAACUGCCAAGCAAGUUCAAGAAGUUCUAUGCAGAGUUUGAAAGUUUAAUGGAUCCUUCUAGAAACCACAGGGCCUACAGGCUGACAGUAGCUAAGCUGGAGCCUCCUCUCAUCCCCUUCAUGCCUUUGCUCAUUAAAGAUAUGACAUUUACUCAUGAGGGGAACAAGACGUUCAUUGACAAUCUAGUAAACUUUGAAAAAAUGCGCAUGAUUGCGAAUACUGCCAGAACAGUGAGAUACUGCAGGAGCCAGCCCUUCAAUCCUGAUGCAGCUCAAGCUAAUAAGAACCAUCAGGAUGUCCGGAGUUAUGUCCGGCAAUUAAAUGUGAUUGACAACCAGAGAACUUUAUCACAGAUGUCACACAGAUUAGAGCCUCGUCGACCGUAGACAUUUAAAGUGCCCAGAGCAAUGGUUUGCCUCCAGUCCACAGUCUUUCAAAAAUGCCAUUUAUGCUACUACUGACUGUAUUGUCACUAGAAAAUUCUACAAAACAAGCAGAAACGCACCCUGAGACAUGUCAGGGCUGCAGUGUACCAGCGUCAUAGUAAGAGAAGAAAUUCUUUGACUUGCAUAAAGCUUUCACACUCUAGCAUAGGAAUCUCCAAUUUGUAGUCACACUAUUUUAUUUCCAAUUGUGCCAUCCUCUUUGCUGAAACAUAAAUUAAGUCCCGAUGAUAAUGGUAGAAACACCAUUGUCAAGAGACAUAUCAAGCCCCUGACAGUUUUUCUCAGAGAGUUGGCCGAGUGAGAUGUGCUACAAAUGCUGUGGUGGUAUAGUUUCACAAUUUUAUCUCAACCUUGAUUUUGGAGCAUGGGGGUCUUGGAAGGUGUUGAGGAAUCACAUAAAUCCAAACCAUAACUUGUAUUCUAGCAUCUUCAUAGUCUUACCUCUGAAGGAAUUGAACCCAACCACAUUACUAUAAAACAUUAUGGCUAUUGAUGUAAUUUAGGGAGGACUGGUCCAUAAUUUCUGGAUGAUAUAUAGAAUAAUAUUUAUGUUUACAAUGUAACUUUUUUAAACUCACAAAUCAGGAUUACAUACAUGAGAAUUCCACUAAGAAACUCCAAGGUUCUAAAAAUUGCCAGCGUUAAGAUAAGAAAAGAACAUUUCAAAAGAGCACAAUAUGCACAAAACAUUUUUCAAAAUUAAAAUAUUUUCCUGGGCAUUAAAAAUCUUUACUAUUGGCUAAUUAUUGUUACUGACUAAAAAAAACACAUAUUUUCUGGACUUAAAUGUUAUUACAGAUAUCUUAAUUUUCAGCAAUUGUUUUGCACUUUCAAAUAGAUUGUAAAUAGUUCAUUCAAUCGAUGGUAUAGAGUUAUUUAUUUGCUAUAUAAUAGAUAUUGUGCCAAAUGAUUACUUUUUAUUUAUUUUAUUUAGUAUGUAAUUUUGGAGUACAUUUUUUCCUCUUUUCACAAUUAGGCUACAUUUAAUGUGUAGGAAUUGUAUGUAUGUAUAUCUUCUGUAAAUAACAGUAUCUUCAUUAAAUAUAAUUGUUGACAAGAAAAGGUUGUGCUGU